AUGGCUAAGGAAGAUAAGAAAAGAAAGGCCGAGGCUCUCGGAGAUGUCAACACCAAAGUGAAGAAGGAAAAGAAGGACAAGAAAGAAAAGAAGGAAAAGAAAGAAAAGAAGGAAAAGAAGGAAAAGAAGGACAAGAAGGAAAAGAAGGAAAAGAAGGACAAGAAAGAUAAAAAAGAAUCUAAAGAAAACAACGAAAAGAAUGUUGAGCCAGAAUCAGAUGGUACUUAUACUCAAUCACCUGCAUUGACUAAAGUUGCUCAAUCAGAAGUUGAUGAAUUUUUAUCUACUAAUGAAGUUACAGUUGAAGAUCCAACUAAUUCCAAAUUAAGACCAUUACUUUCUUUCGAACAUGUUAAGUUGCACCCUACUAUCCAAGGUGUUGUAACCAAGUUCCCCAAACCAACCCCUAUCCAAGCAGUGGCUUGGCCAUACUUGUUAUCUGGUCAAGAUGUCAUUGGUGUUGCUGAGACCGGUUCAGGUAAGACGUUUGCCUUUGGUGUUCCAGCCAUUCACAAGUUAUUAAAUGAAGAUACCAAAAAGAAGAAUGUCAGAGUAUUGUGUAUUUCCCCUACAAGAGAAUUAGCUGUUCAAAUUUAUGAUAAUUUAGUCACCUUAACCAAAGAUAUAAAAUGUGUUUGUGUUUACGGUGGUGUUUCCAAAGAUGACCAAGUCAGAGAAUUACAAGGAGCUCAAGUGGUGAUUGCUACUCCUGGUAGACUCUUGGAUUUAUUGGAAGGUGGACAAGUUGAUUUGAGUCAUGUUGACUACUUAGUUUUGGAUGAAGCAGACAGAAUGUUGGAGAAGGGAUUUGAAGAAGAUAUCAAGAGAAUUAUCGGUCAUACUUCCCCCAAAAACAGACAAACUCUUAUGUUCACAGCCACAUGGCCCAAGGAAGUGCGUGAAUUAGCCAGCACAUUUAUGAAAAGUCCAGUGAAGGUAAGUAUUGGAGAUCGGGACGAAUUAAGUGCCAACAAGCGUAUUACUCAAGUGGUUGAAGUGAUUGACCCUAGAGAGAAGGAACGUAAGUUAUUAGGCUUAUUGCGUAAGUACGUUAACGGACCCGAUAAGAUUUUAAUUUUUGCCUUAUACAAAAAGGAAGCUGGUAGAGUGGAGAUGUUAUUGAAACGGAACCAAUAUCAUGUGGCCGCCAUUCAUGGAGAUCUUUCUCAACAGCAACGUACACUGGCUUUAAAUAGUUUCAAAUCAGGAGAAUCCACGAUUAUGUUGGCCACAGAUGUUGCAGCCAGAGGAUUGGAUAUCCCCAACGUUAAGGUGGUGAUUAACUUAACAUUCCCAUUAACUGCUGAAGAUUACGUUCACCGUAUUGGUAGAACUGGUCGUGCGGGCCAAACUGGGAUUGCCCAUACGUUGUUCACUGACCAUGAGAAACAUUUGAGUGGUGCAUUAUGUAACAUUCUUCGUGGAGCCAAUCAACCAGUACCUGAAGAGUUAUUGAAGUUUGGUGGACACACGAAGAAGAAGGCACAUCUGGCAUAUGGUGCAUUCUUUAAGGAUGUAGAUAUGACAAAGACCGCUAAGAAGAUAAAGUUUGAUUAG